GCCUUCGCUGGCAUGCGAUGGGCGAUGGUGAGUCGCUCUCGCCGGGCGACGAGGCGACGCUGCGCGGCCAGGCCUUCGUCGCGGCUGGCGACCACGACGCUCUGGUGCUGGACGGGUCGUCCCACGUCCACUGCUGGCUGAUGCGAUCAGAGGCGGCGCCCGACGUGGUGGCCACGGUGCGGGCUCGCUGGCAGCCUGGAGACGGCGCGGCCGUCGGGGGCACCUCGACCCCGCCUCUGGCGGACCCCUCUGCCGCCGAGGCCGACAAGGCCGAGGCGGCGAAGGGCGGAGACGGGCGCCCGAGGCCUUCGGACGGCUCGCUGCGGGACGCGCUGGGCCUGGAGGAGACUUUCUCGGACACGCCCCUGGAGGGCCCCGGCACCGCCCUGUUCUUGGCAAAGCACUUCGACCGCCACGGCGGCGACCCUCGGCAGUGGCUCCUCAUGUGGUUGAGGGAGCGCAAGAUAGAUGGGUCGGAUCGGACUUACCAUGAGAUGAGGGUGCUGUGCGACGCUCUGUACUUUGCGGGGGCUUAUGAUCAAUUGAAUGUUGGAGCGAUCGCAUCAGUUGAGACCUUGCGCCGCCGUAUCCAGAUCAUCAUCGACGCGCACGCGAACCCGCAGAAGGUCACCUGGGAGCACGCCAAGCUGCACAUGGGCACUGGCACCCCCGAGAACCCCGCGAGCCCGGCCCUCCAGUCGUUCGCUGCGCGGCGGGCUAAGGUGGCCGUCCUCGGAAGGACUUCUUUCUUCGGUCUGUUCCUGCCGCGCCUGCAGGAGCCUGCGGCGCCGGGAGUUUUGACGCCAGAGGUGAUGGCCUGCGUGGAAGGCCUGGUCAAGGACUGGGAGCUCAUGCCUGUGGCCCUCUCGGGGCGGGAGGCCCUCCGAGACCUCCUGCACGGCCGGCCCUUGUACGAGCUGGAGACUGGCCCCGCGAACCUCGCGGCAUUCGACGCCGACCUGGUGUCCCUGCCGAGCGAUGUGUCGGGGUCCCCUCCGAUCGAGUCGCUGCUGGACGCCGAGGUCUCUCGCUACUUCGAGGCCCAUCAUGACCUGAUGCUGCGGCCCGCUACUGACUUGGAGAAUAUUGAAUUCGAGACACGUGGGAUCACACCCUACACCGAUAGAAAGCUGCUGUACAAUAAGAUGGCCUACCACGGCUUCGUCAGACGGCUCUGGGAUCUUAGAUUGCUGGAUGCCCCCCCCAGGCCAUUGGAGAGGGUCGGGAUCUUCUUCGUCUGGAAGAGCAACAAGACACGUCUCAGGCUGAUCAUCGAUGCUCGGAGGAGCAACUGUUGGUUCCGUGCCCCGCCAGGCGUCCGCUCGUGCACUUCGGAGGCCUUCGCAAACAUCGAGAUUGGCGACGGCGUCUUAGCGGGCCUGGAGGCUGUCAGGCUGCACCUCGGCAUGGCUGACGUAAAGGACUGUUUCCACCGCCUCAAGGCCCCUGCCUGGCUCAGGCCCUACUUCGCCUGGCCGGAGGUGCCCGCGCGGGUGCUGGGGCUGCGCGAGCUGGACGGAGUACGGCUCAGGCCCACCGACGCUGCGUGGCCCACCUCCGCCCCCAUGUGCAUGGGUUUCGCUGGGUCGUCGUACUUCGCCCAGAAGGCUGACGAGCGGCUGGCGGCUGCGGCGCCCAGCCUGCGCGGGUCGACGCUGCUGCACGACAGGUCGCCCCCCCUGGCGCUGGCCGAGGGCCGCCCCCGCCACCGCGUGUACGUGGACAACCUGGGCGCCUUCGCCCAGGACCAGGGCCUGGUCCAGCGCGCGGUCCACGAGUGCGAGGCGAGCUUCGCUGACCACGGGCUGGAGCUCCACGGCGGGGAGGUGGUGAGCAGGGACAUCCGCGCCCUGGGCUGCCGGCUUGACGGCCAGCGGCUGCGGAGCAGGUUUCAGCUCAAGGGCCACAGUGCUCGCGAGUCGGCGCUCAGGGCGGCCGGCCUCGUUCGGGACCCUCGAUCUGGUGCUUGGGAAUCCCCAGAGGACGAGAGCGCCGAGUUUUCUGUCGCGCCCGAUUUUCCUGAGGUCCCAGCGGGGCUCCUCUACAAAGGCGACCUGGCGCACCGUCUGCCGACCACGGGGCCGAACCUGCUGGACGGCCUUGCCGCCCUGGGGCCGGCGCCGCUGGUUCCCGCCGCGGCGCUGGGUUUCGAGCAGGAGGGCCUGAGCUUGCUGGAGGACAAGGCGGUGACGGCCAACGUGCGGCGCUACUACUCGAGCGACCUCCAGGACUUCGAGACGUUCGCAAAGGGGCUAGACCCAACGCUCGCGGGUGACGACGACGUGGACGACUGGCGCCCUCUGCCUCAGGCGGCGUGGAGGGCGAUCGCCGCAGACCUCUGCCUGCGGGGACACAAGCUGAUAGCCGUGGCCGUCCUCCUGGGCGCGGGGGCAUACCUGCGGGGCAUCACCACCAAGACGGGGGCGAUGGACGACAGCGUGGUUCUUGAGUGCAAGUGGCAGCUGGAGCUGACGCCGCUGCGGUCUGCGCUGGCGGGAGCCCCCAAGGGCAAGCCCGUCUGGGCGUUCACGCACCCAGAGCCGGCAAGACAGUUCAAGGGGACGUGCGCGGGGCUCGGCGCCCCAGCGGUGCCCUACAUGAUGCGGCACAGCGGCCCCAGCAUCGACAGGGCCCUGCAGUUCCGCCCCCUCGACGAGGUGCUCGACGCGCGCCUCGAGGAGCUGCUGCUGCGAGGCGCCAGCCGCGCAGCGGGCGGCAUGGAGCGGCACUGA